AUUCUCUUUGAUCCUCUGUUGAAUCGCGCGUUAUUUGCUUAUUAGCUUUUCACAUUUCUUCUCCCCGUUGUGUUGUAUCGCGUUAUUAUCUGUACUUUUCUCCCCCUCAUUCAUUCCUCGCCUCGUGGUGGAGCUCUGUGGCUCUUGGUUUGGGCAUUCAAGUCUUUUCUUCUUUGAGCAUGGGCAAAUCCUCUCUCUCUCUGUCUGAGCCUAUCGAGCCGAGCUUUACCUUUUACCUUGAAUUCGUUAAGCCGCCCGCCACGCCGUUGCUCGUGGCCGUUAUAGCCGCCGUCGCCGUCGCCGUUGCGCGAUGCGGAUGAUGCAUUAUUGCUUCCACUAACUUGCGGUGCGCCGCGAUGCUAGCGAGGUCCGUCUGCAGAUCCAGCGUUUGGCGGCCUUCCGCUGUUGUAGUCGUCGUCUUCGAUAACGUUACCAUCAUCUUCGGAUCGAACUCUCCCCGUCAGUGGUCUCUUGACUGCGAACCGGUACAGUCGCGUCGUGGUGCUCGUCGCUAGUGCUCGACGUUUUGCUUCGUGUUGGUGGUCCAUUCGAGACUUGGAAAUUGUUAAUCGGUUUCCGGUGCACUUUUUGUGUCUUUAGUUAAUUUGUGGAGUUUUUUUUUGUGUUGCGAUCGUUGGAGUAAAAUUGCAACAUUUUUUUUUCGUUAAGCCAAAUGAGAGAACUUGAAGCCUUCAAGUGAGAAGCAGACUAAUCAGUGAAAACUUUUUUUAUGAUCUAUGGUCAGUGUGCAUCAAAGAUUUUAGUGCUUUUAGGAAGUGCACGAGGAAAUUGCAAGCAGACACCGUUCGAUCAGUGGGAAGAAGAUAUACGGUAUCAAGUGCAGUGGGUGAUGACCAGCAUUGAGUGAGUGAGGAAGAAAAUUUUGUUUGAUUAUUGGAGUAUUUCUUGGAAUGUGAACGUGAUAUUUUGUCGAACCAGACCAGAAGCAGUGAAGAAUCGAAAAGAAAAUCAAUAAUUGAGUUGGAAAUCUGUUUUUGGCGAGCGGCUAUCACCUUUGAACACAGCUCGAGUGCACAAGUGGAUUUAUGCUACAUAGCGGAUGGUUUAGUGAAUGCCUGCUUUUGGGGAAAAAGCUUUAGUGGAAAAUUGUCUGAACGUGUUAUAAACUUUGAGACAAGCAGAUUUGUUUUACUAACUAAGCCAAGUUUGGGGCAAAUUUCGUCAAGUGGCAACAGACAGACAGACAGACGAAACUGGAAGCCUACCGUCGUCGAUGUUUGGAGAUUUGUCUGUUUGGCUCUAACUACUGGGACUGGGUAGAGUGCGUGUGAAAGAAGUGAAGAGAAGACAUUAACUAACCAAAGAAAAGUGAAACUUUGCUGCCGUCCCAGGUGAUAUAUUGCUGUUGGUGUAUGUACGCUAGACAGGCAGAAUCCACAAACCGCAAUACCCCCCGCUGGAACCGUUUUUGGGGAAGUGUGACAAACGACCAAGAUAGAAGAUAGAACUGUGUGAAUUCGGUGUUUGGAUUGAAUCUAGUUGAUUUGAUUGGAAUCGAAGAAGAAUCGGACAGAUUCCGCUGGUAGAAAACAAGUUCGUCACCCAUAGGUGCGUUGAGCUCUCUUAAGUUUUUUCCCGUCUUCAAGUCUCGACUCAUCAUCAUCAGACUGCGUUCGUUCGUGUAGCCUGGAGAACAUAGUGAACGGUUUUUCUUGUGAAUACCUACAUCGAUACAGGGAGAAUCAAUCAAACCGAGAAAAGCAAAACAACGGACAACUAAUUAAGGUGAUAUACAACUUUAAUUCUACAACAUGAUGUCCAAGAUGCAGUCGAGAUGAUUAACUCUAUUCCGCAAAUAUGUUCAACGAAAUGCAAUUAAAUUAGCAAACUAUACAACCUUUAAAUGGAACCUAACUCUCGAGGCUGUCGGAUACCUUUGAUUUUGUCAGAUCAGAUCUGCUGAUAUGCUGAUGUUCAUGUCGCUACAACUGGACCCUGAUGGUGGAUUUAGGUACUUUGAGAAGCUCCACCACAAUGUGGAGUCGAUGGACCUCAUCGAUUCUACUGGUCCUCACAUAUUGGAUAGCGCAAGCAAGCACCGGUUCUAGUCACAACAGCUUCAAGAUUAAUCCUAAGCCCUGUACAGUAAACGGCAUCGAGGGUACCUGCAUGUUCGUAUGGGAAUGCAUCAAAUCCGAAGGCCAGCACGUGGGCGUCUGCAUGGACUCGUUCAUGUUCGGGUCCUGCUGUUCGCACAAUCUCACCGAAAAUGUGAUACCGCAAAAUUACCACCAGACUGUCACCUACCGUCCGAAGCCGGCCGGCAGCAAUAAGUAUAAGCCACCGAAACCUAGUACUUUCGUUAGUAGCAAUGGCUACACGACCAUUUACCGCCCAGGCAACGGCGGGACGUUGGUGAUUCGCCCAUCGCAUAAUCACCACCACCAUCAGCACCAGAAACCAUCGUCAUCCUCCUCUAGUAGUUCUAGUAAUAGCAAUAACAUCAACAGUCAUCUUUUUAGUCAAAGGCCAACUGAGGGCACUGUAAAUAAACACUCUACCUUAUCGACGCCUGCGCAGCUGACAGACCUAGAGAUGGCGGGCAGUAGCAUGUCAACUGGUAUAUACACCACUCAUUGGCAGGCUACAACUGAACCUAGUUUUAUUACGAAAACGCGGCCACCGAAGCCGAGUAAGCCGUCCAAGAAACCGAUUCUGUCGAUUUCGAACAACAUUCAAAGUACUGUAUUAAAACCAAAACCAUCGGCCAAGCCGACCAAACCAAGUACCACUACUGUUAAAAGUCCUACCCAGAUUAGUAUUAUUAGCUCGAGCACGUGGCGACCGCCGCCAUCGACAACCCUUUGGACGACGACGACGACGACGAUGACAACGACGACGACGAGACCAACAACCGCGCUGUCGUCGACGGUGGUGCAAUCGACCAGUCUCGCCAGCUCCCCCAUUGACACCAACACACACAGUCACGUUGUGGACGUGUCAGCAUCAUCUGUGAUUGGCGACGAAGGAUACUCGUCGUCCCCCGAGCUGUAUACGGCAGCACCCGGACGGUACACGAUAUCGGCCGCAAGGAAUUACGAAUGCGGCGUGCAAACGAUGGGUCGGCCGGAGACGCGCAUUGUGGGCGGCAAGAACGCCCCCUUCGGACGGUGGCCCUGGCAAGUGUCGGUCCGGCGGACGUCCUUCUUCGGUUUCUCCAGUACGCAUCGCUGCGGUGGGGCUGUGAUCAACGACAACUGGAUUGCCACCGCCGGUCACUGUGUAGAUGACUUGUUGACGUCCCAGAUACGGAUACGGGUCGGCGAGUAUGACUUUUCGCACGUGCAGGAGCAAUUACCGUACACGGAACGUGCCGUCGCGAGGAAAGUCGUCCAUCCGAAGUACAACUUCUUCACCUAUGAAUUCGAUCUGGCGCUGGUGAAACUGGAGCAACCACUCGUGUUCGCCCCGCACAUAAGUCCAAUCUGUCUACCGGCGACGGAUGAUCUGCUAAUCGGCGAGAAUGCCACCGUCACCGGCUGGGGUAGGCUCAGCGAAGGUGGCACGCUGCCCUCGGUGCUGCAGGAGGUUUCGGUGCCGAUUGUCAGCAACGACCGGUGCAAGUCGAUGUUCCUGCGGGCCGGACGGCACGAAUUCAUUCCGGAUAUUUUCCUCUGUGCCGGACACGAAACCGGCGGCCAAGAUUCCUGCCAAGGCGACUCCGGUGGACCACUGCAGGUCAAAGGCAAGGAUGGUCACUAUUUUCUCGCUGGCAUCAUUUCCUGGGGCAUCGGGUGCGCCGAGGCCAACCUGCCCGGCGUUUGCACAAGGAUAUCGAAAUUUGUCCCGUGGAUUUUGGAUACUGUUUUGUGAUAGAUGAGUUUUUAGAA